GCCGCAAGGGGGCGCAUCUUGCCAUCCACCGUCCCGGGCCGCCUCUGGCUUCACUUCCGGGCGGUUGCACCCACUGUCUGGACCUCGGUUUUCUAUUUUCUGUUUCUUCUCCUCUUCUCAGGCCGGGGCAAAGUGUCGCUCACGGCGGGCGAGGGCAGCCGGUCUCGGGCCGGGCCCUGACUGAGGUGGCGGGGAGUGGGCCGCGCGAGCCGCAUGAGUGGAUGGAGCCGGGCUCUGGGCUGCAGCGGAGGGGGCCGGGGCUCGGCGGAGGCGGGCUGGGCUCGGCCGGGGUCUCUCCCGCGCUGUCGGGGCCUCAGGCCCGCCGCAGGAAACAGCCGCCGCGGCCGGCCGACUUCAAGCUGCAGGUGAUCAUCAUAGGCUCGCGAGGCGUCGGCAAGACCAGCCUGAUGGAGCGCUUCACGGACGACACUUUCUGCGAGGCCUGCAAGUCCACCGUAGGUGUUGAUUUUAAAAUCAAAACAGUAGAGCUAAGAGGAAAGAAAAUUAGAUUACAAAUCUGGGACACAGCAGGUCAAGAAAGAUUCAACAGCAUUACCUCAGCUUAUUACAGAAGUGCCAAGGGAAUAAUAUUGGUAUAUGACAUCACAAAGAAGGAGACAUUUGAUGAUUUGCCAAAAUGGAUGAAAAUGAUUGAUAAGUAUGCCUCAGAAGAUGCAGAGCUACUAUUGGUUGGAAAUAAGUUAGACUGUGAAGUGGACAGAGAGAUUAGUCGGCAACAAGGAGAAAAAUUUGCUCAGCAGAUAACUGGGAUGCGUUUCUGUGAAGCUAGUGCCAAGGAUAAUUUUAAUGUGGAUGAAAUAUUUUUAAAACUAGUUGAUGACAUUUUAAAAAAGCAUCCUGUCCCUACAGCCAGAACCAGAGAUUCCACCAGAACUGCCUCCUCCAAGACCUCAUGUCCGUUGUUGCUGACUUACUAUUGCUUCCCCCGAGUGGAAAAGAUGACAAGCAAAAAGAAAAGGGGAAAGCUGUUUCAUUCUGUACUACAAUCACGUGACAGUUGUUUGUUGCACUUUGAUUCAGAGUCAAAACUACACACUAAUUUGUAAAUAUGCAGAUAUGCAAACCUAGAUAGGAUAAGGCUGUAACUGGUUAAAUAUUGCUCUUUCCACAGAUUUUUUUUCACUUCUCUUUCCUCAGCCCUAUAAAUAUUGUACAAUUUGGUGGGAAACACAGUACUCCCAAACCUAGGAUGUAAGAAAUUAAAUGCAUACUUAAUUAUUCUCAACAUAAAUGUUGUAAUAGUCCUCAAUAUAAACAGAAUCUCUUAGUAUAUGGUGCUUUGAUAGCUUUUUUAAAGAAAAUAUUUUAAAUUUCAACUCAACAUAUAUAAAGCUUUCUGAAGCAGCAUUAUCCCUUAUAAAUUCAAAUAAAUUGCUGGUAAAACACUUCUAUGUAUGAUUAUUCAGAAGUAAGUUCUUGGUCACUGGGCUUACAGGUUUAUUCUAGGGUAGGGAUUGAUAGCCUUGAAGCCUUUGAGUGCAGUCCAUCAAGUAUCAUAGUAGGCCUCCAGUCAUUUCAACAGGUGAUUUCAGGCAGGUAUACUGAAGUGAAGAGGGAUUGUAUAGCGGCGGGAUUGAGCUCUGAACACACAGGCAAAUAGUGUCACCAGUACUUAUUUAUUUAUUAAUGUUCACCUUAGGCCAUUUGUAUGUGUGUACCAAGGCACUGUGUUCUGUGUAGUUUUUAAAGGAUGAAUUGGCACCUUGACCUAAUCAGUGUCCUCAAACAUAAAUUAAUUAGCAGUCAGAUACUGUAAAAAGCAAAGAAAUAUUUGCAAACUAUUUUUUAAAAAAGGUUUAAGAGUUAUUUCUUCUGUCAUAGACAAAUUCUUUUAAAGUUAUUUUUAAACCAUUUCCUAUGUUAUAAGGAAUAAUGUAUGUUUAUUUGUCCGAAACAAAUUCUAAGCUAAAGAGGAAUUGGCUGUAUCUUUUUGGUAUAUCUUUUAUUAAAUCUGCGCUGUGUACCUUAGUUAUGAUAAACCAGUAGUUUUGUAUUUGAAUAACUUGAUAAGUCUUUAAUGUUGUGGUAUUGAAAAGCAUUGUUGUUCUAUACUAAUGACGUGCCAAUAAACUUUUGUAUUUAUGAAUGACAGUCGAACUGCAUCUCUUACUGGAAUGCCAAAUCUCAAAUACUCUUCUCCCAAGGACCCAAUUUUGAGAGAAAUUGAUAAAAUUAUCUCUAUAGUUGGUUAAACCUGUAUAUGUGGAUGUAUUGACUUGCAACAAAAAUCUUACGCAUGCUUUUUCAGUUGUGAAUUCCAUUGAAUUUAGUGCAAUUCAAUCCAUUAUCAGUGUUUAAGACUAAAACCCUAAUCAAGCUGCUAUCCUGCGGCUUGUUACUGUUCUUCAAGAUACUGUAGCAAAAGUAAUGAUGAUUUAUCAAUGCAUGAACUUCAAUUAUAUGUACUAGGCAAUUACUCUGAAUUCUGACUUUUCUGAAUUAUUUUUUUCAGAUUUCUGAGACAGAAAAACUACAGUUUAAGUAUACAAAAUAGUUUUUAUUGAACUUAGUACACCUUAUUUAAAUCAUUUAGGUCCAAAUAAUUAAAAAAUGCACAAUCGAAAUGUAUUUCUUCUACCACAAUGUGCCUAUACAAGUGUCAUUCUUCAUACAGAUACUUUAAGGCUUUCUACCAUAAUUGAUUAGAUGAAGUUUGCCAUUUUUGUACCACUGUAAACUUGUAUUAUAGGUGAUAACAAUGAAAACAGACUUAUGGACAAUACAUUUAAACUUGAUAAACAUUUAGGUGAUUUUUUUCCCUGUAUUUAAAAUGUGUUGUUUGCUUUCAAUUCUUGAAUAAAAGUAUAAGAAAACAAA